CUGGCUUUCCGAAUGUGUUUCAACAAGUGAAUAACUCUUCUCCAGAACAAAACAGUUCAAUCCAUCAUUUAGCAAAGGCAAUUUCUUUACAGAUUUAUUUGACUCACUCUGCCGGAAGAAACAUUGGCAGUGAAGGCAUACAGUAGAGAAUGUCACAAGUUCCUGGAACAAACCCUUGGAUCACCCACUUCACCACCUGUAUAGAAGAAGAGAGAUUUCAUGAAAGGUGGACAUUGAAUUUCAAUUAUAAUCUCCAAGCGGAACUGACUGUUCAGAAAAGAGCAGAAGGUUGGAAGAUAUAUAAAACAUCAUCAUUUGGCAAAUUUACCUGUAAUGUUUGUUCAAAUUCAUGGUCUUCAGCUCGUGCGAUUAUUUUGUUUCAUUACCGACUGACAAAGAAGAGUGGAUUAGUUUUGCUUCGCCCCUUCCGACAGCAAUGCCGAGAAUGCAUGAACCCCCGUCUGCAUAAACCACAGGUUGAUUCCACCCAAAUGAACCAAGUGUUUGACAGGCUUAUUUCAAAAAUCCUCAAAAAUUGCUACAAGUUCCCUGAUGUAGACGACAAAGUUAGAGACCUGAUACCACGGAAAACUAAACCUCAUGAAACAGCAUACUGUGAAGCCUGCCGCCUGGGCAUCUGCAGUUUCUAAAUUAAUGAAGCUAGUAAAAUCAUAACUGCAAGUAAGCUUGGGGUAAAAAUUCUGCUUUUUAUAAUUAGCCAAAAUAUAAUCAGGUAUACUGUUCAAUUUGAUAAUAAAAGGAACAUUUGUAUAAGUA